AUGUCUAAAAACAUAGCUCAACAAAUUAUAUUAACAAACCCAGUACCAAAUAAUGAAGAAGAUUUCUUCAGAAGAGCUAAUACUCUAUUUAGAGCAACAAGAGUAACAAUGGAUAUAAUGGAAAAAUCCAAAAGUGAAAAAACAAAUCACUAUUCCCAAAGAACCCAAAAAAUAAAUAAUGUACAAACAGAACAACCUCAAAAAGGAAAAUGCUACUUAUGUGGACAAACAGGACACUUUGCAAGAGAAUGCCUAAAACGAAAAGGAAAAGAAGCAUAUAACAGAGUACAAUCAACUUACAAAAACUAUAAUGGAAGACAAAAGAAAACCUUUGUCAGAAAAUAUUGUUUAUAUUGCGGAAAAGAUAAUAGAUAUCACACCAAAACAUGUCCAAACAAUAAUGCCAAUUAUUAUGAAGGAAAAAGAGCAAGAGGACCAACACCUAUGAUUCAUAAAUAUAACAACUUCAAGAACAAUAGAGAAAAAGGAAGACUUCGAUACAAUAAUAACAAUAGAAACAAUAGUGGAAGAAGACCACAAAACAAUACAAGAAAAUCUUUCACAAGAAGAAGAGUUAACAACUACAAAGAAGAAAAACAACCAAAAAAAGAGAGAUCUCAUAGUCAGCACACAAAUUCUGAUAAAAUUACCCAACUUGAUACUGCAAAUCAGCCGAAAAUACAUUUAACAAAGAGCAAAUCACAUGCAGCUAAUUACCUUGCUCGAAAAACUAGUGACCUAGGCAAAAGUAAAAAAAACCUGCCAUUGGCGCCCAACAUGGAUACAAAAAAGUAUUUCACAAACAAACCUACCACUAAAUUUGAGAAAGAGUUGGCCGCCACUCAUAAAUUUGUGGCACCCAACAUGGUAAAAAAUAAACUUACCACUUAUACCCUAAACAAAACAAGUCGAACCUUUAACAACCAAUUACACUUCAAUAACAAUAUGAUAUUGGAAAAAGCCAUUGAGCCUAACAUAAUAACUAACAAUGUUACCCCACAAUCUAAAAAUAAAACCAUUUUAAGUCCAAUACAAAAAGGCAAUAACAACACCUUAAAGAAGAAGAAAGCAAAACCGCCCUUAGAAAGAAAAUCUAAACAAGAGUUUUUAAAAGAAAAUAUAAAACAAAAUGGGGAAGUAGAAGAAACCUUAAACAAAGUACUACCUUCAAAGAAAGGAAAAAAGAAGGAAGAUGAACUUCCUAAAGAUCAACUACGAAAAAUGGGUCAAAUCAUUAAACAAAAGUUAAAUAAAUUAGAUAAAGCUAUACUUGAUGGAGAAAUAGCCAAAGACACAAAAAUUGAACAAACAAUUCAAGAUCUCAAUUGGAGAUUAGAGCAAAUAAAUAAAAUAUACACAGCAGUAGCUGCAUUAAUAACAACACAAGCACGCUGUAAAGAUAAACCUACAAAACAAGCAUUAUAUGAAAAACACAAAGAAUUCUUAGAAUCUCAAUUAGAAAAAGUGGGAGAAAUGCAUGAUGACAAAGAAAUUCAAGAAAAAAUUUACGGAGAUGUCAUCAAGGCAAGGAAAAAGGAAAAACCACAAAUGUUACUACCCGAUCCAAAAGGAAGAAGUACCUACAAACCAUAUGAACAAUAUGAUGUACCUAGAGAUAAAAAAUUUGUUAGAGAAAAUAAACAAAUUGGAAUAAGAAUACUACAUUCACCCACAGACAACGUAUUCUUAAAUGAAAGGCUAUCACAAGCCUCUAUAAAGAAUGAAGAUAUCCCUCAAGGAGUAUUACCAAAAGUAACAAAGUUCUUCGAAGACGUAGAACAAGGAAUUAAAAAUAAAUUCACAUCUAGACCAACAACACCUUUACCAUUAAGUCAACAUACUUUAAGUAGAACACCUACUAUUGAAAUUAGUGCCGAUGCACCUGACCGAAAAAGAAAUGAAAGAGGUUAUACACCAUCACCAGACUCUUAUGAAAGAAAACAACAAAGAUAUAAAAGCCCAAGUCUUAGCUCAAAACAUACAGACCAAAUUUCUAAUGAAGAAAUAGAAAUACCAUAUUAUGAUAAUGUACAUAAUAAAGGACAAUCCUCAACAUACAGAACAGUACAUGAAGUUGAAAAUCAACUUAAAGAAAACAAAAAAGGAUAUGGAAUAAAUGAUGAUGAAGAAUAUAAUUAUAUUUUAUUAAAUAACCUAACUAUACGACAAAAAAGAAAAAUAGUACCCACUAUUAUUAAAACUGAGAAAGAAAAGAUAUUCAGUAAAAAAGAAACAGUCAUACCCCCUAUAACACUGAUGA